GCCUGCGGGAAGGAGAUCAGUCUUACAGGCGCUCUGACAGCUUUCACUGAACUUAUCAUGAUAUCCCGGGACGAAAUACUCAAACCCAUCUGGUACGCCUUCACUGCUCUGGAUGUAGACCGAAACGGGAAAGUAUCCAAAUCCCAGUUAAAGGUGCUGUCUUACAACCUGUGCACCAUACUGAGAAUCCCUCACAACACUUCAGCCCUGGAGGAGCACUUUAAAGAUGAUGAUGAAGGACCAGUGUCAACACAAGGAUACAUGCCCUACCUGAACAUGUGCAUACUUAAUAAGAUCCAGGCCAACUUUGACUUCAACGAGCUGAAUAAGAUGUGCUGGACUUUAUCUGCACCAAAGCACAUCAGUGGCAAACAUCUGCUCAUCUCAGGGGCUGAGGCUUUUAAGGUGUGGUGCAUCUUCAACUAUCUGUCUGAAGAUAAAUAUCCGCUGCAAAUAGUCAUAGAGGAGCUCGAGUAUUUCCUGCGCAAGCUGUUGGCAGCAAUGGGUUGCAGUUGGAACGAGGACAGGUUUGAAGACUACAAAAUGCAGCUCAGUGCAAAGAAAAAACAUCUGAAUGCUUGGGAACUGAUUGAGCUUAUUGGCAUGGGCCAUUUCACCAAGGGCAUAAACCCUCAGACUCUCUCCAUGGGCAUCAAUGAGGUCUAUCAGGAACUUGUGAUGGAUGUUAUUAAGCAGGGCUAUAUGAUGAAAAAAGGCCAUAAGAGGAAGAACUGGACAGAGCGGUGGUUUGAGCUCCAUCUCAAUUACAUGUCCUAUUAUGUGAGUGAAGACCUCUUAGAGCAGAAGGGAUGUAUUUCGCUUGAUCGCAACUGCUGUGUUGAGUCCUUACCAGACAAGGAUGGAAAGAAAAACCUCUUCAUUAUAAAAUGUGUUGAGAAAAGUUUUGAGAUCAGUGCAUCGGAUAAAAAGACAAAACAAGAGUGGAUUCAAGCCAUUCAGGACUGCAUCGUCCGCAUACGACAGGGCCUUUCCUCCCCACACCGAGAAUCCAGACAGAAACGCAGGGAGCUGAGAAACAGGCUGAAAGCUGAAAAGGAGGCCAUGGAGAACAGAAUGAGACAGCUGCAGCUGGCCAACGAGAGCAAGCAGGCCCAGCUGGAGGCCAUGACCAAGAAACUGCAGGAAGCAUCAGUCAGGGGUGAUUUGGUGGAACAGAGAAGACUUCAGACCCAGAUAGAGCUUCUGGACCAAUACAGACGAGACCUGGAGCAAGAGAAAAUGGCUCGAAUGCAGAUGGAAGAGCAGGUGGUUGAAAAGGCCAAUGAAGUGGAGCAGUACUGGCAGCGUAUGCAGGAACUGGAAGAAAUGUACCGUCAACUGAAAAAAGCAUUAGAUGAUGAGAGACAGGCCAAAGAGGAUGAAGAAGCCCUGAGCAAACUGCAGGCCAGGCUGCUACAAGAGGAGGCAAGCAAGAGGCUUGAAUUAGAGCAGAUUCACCUGCAGCAGCAAGAAAUCUUAACCCAGUCCCAGAAGGAAAAACAAGAGCUGGAAAGGGAGCGGGCAGAGAAGGAACGUGCCCUGCAGGCUGCACAGGAGCAGCUGGAGAUUCUCAGAAGACAGAGAGAAGGGGCGCAAGAGGAAUAUAAGGUUGUUACAAAGAAACUGGAACGGGCAACUAACAAAACAAAGACUUGGAAGCACAAAGUCUUUAAUCAUGAGGGCCUACUUCAAAUCAUUCAACCAGGCAACAAGUGUCCCACUAGAAUGACCAACUGGGGACCGGCAGCGUUCACUGAAACAGAGCUGGAUGAGAUGGAGAGGAUUUGGCAGGAGAACAAGAAUAGAUCACAUGAUGGACAAUAACAUCUAAAACAUCAAUUUCUUUUAUUUGUGUAUAUUUAUUUUGUAUUUGCCUGGUAACCGUCAUCUUGACUUCAUCAUGUGCUCUUUUAAUGGAACAUUAUCAGAUAAAUGAUGAGCAGUUGAUUGUUAUUUUGUUUGUGAGUUUGAAAAUUUAUAUAAAAAGUGACAUCCACACCUUUUUAUACUUAUGCAUUGUUUUUGAAAACACAUUUUUGAAAUUUAAUAUUUUUAUCAGUAACUUCAGUUAUUUCAAGUUUGAAAAAUAACUGCUCAAAGGCAGCUUGGAGGUACUCGUGCUAUCAAUGCACCUGAUUCCUACUGUGUCCACUAGAUGUCCUUGUUGAUACACAGAUAAACACAGAGGACCGAUUCAUACCAUAGAUUCAUACGCGCAUUUUCUAAAGAUUAGAGUCACCGAUAGACAAACGUUACGUUACUAUGAUACUGUGUUGCUCUCAGCAGAGCAUAUAAUCCAUUUAGCUCAGCAUUUGCCUUUUCACUUCAGCUUGUUUGAAAAUAAAAUUUACGUAAUUCAUGA